UGAAAGUACAAAAAGUGUAGUUGUAUGAAACGAAUAAAAACAGAGCAAUUAUUUAACAUAAAGUUCGAAAUGUAUGGCUUGAUAAACACAUGGAAGAGAUGAUUGAUACAACGAAACAUUAUGAAAAAUAUACAAGUACAUAUCGCCAUAAGUCAUCGCAUCGAGAAUUUUCGAUUGGCAAUAUAAUUAAAUUACGCCGGUAGACCGGAAGCAUCAUUCGGUCUAUCUUUAACCCUAAUGCUCCCACUUACAUGUGUUGAAAAGGCAUUUUGCCAAAAAUAAACCUUCACAAAUGUGUCAUAGCGUCUGGAUAGUUCUACGUCCUUUAUAUAUACGAGCGGCACUAAAUCUAACAUCAUUCAUUCUGAGGAUGACCUGAUUAUCCUUUUUAAAUCGCAGUUGUAAAAUUGAGAGAAAGUGAUAAGGUGAAUCGUACACUGUAUUGUGCUCUUAAAAACUCGUUCUUCCUGCAAUUUUUUUACUUAAAGAGUUAACUUGUAAUUACAUCAUGACAAAAUCAGAUAUGACUGCACAAGAGUGGAAGGAAAAAGGUAAUGAAGAAUUUAACAAAAACAACUGGUCAGAGGCUUUAAAUUGCUAUACAAAUGCAUUGAAAUUAGUAAAAGAAGAUAAUGCCGAGAAGGCGAUAUACUAUAAAAAUCGAGCUGCUGCUUAUUUAAAAUUACUUGAUUAUGAGAAAGUGAUCAAGGAUUGUGAUAAUGCAUUAGAGAUAUGUUCUAAUGAUCCUAAGGCCUUAUUUCGUAGAUGUCUGGCACUUGAAGCAUCGGAGAGAUUUGAGGAGGCAUAUCGAGAUGCGAGAAAUAUUAUUUUAUCUGAUCCUAAUAAUAAAUCUAUUCAACCUAUAGCAGCACGAUUACACGAAAUUGUACAGGAACGACAUAAAGAAAUGUCACGCAUUAGUGCUAAAGUAUCACAAAUGCUAGACCUAGCCUUUGAUAUAAACAUGGAUAGAGAAAAGCGUGAAACCGCUAUGAAUAAUUUACUUGUGCUUGCACGUGAGAGAGCUGGAGCAGAAGAGAUCUUCAAACAAAAAGGCGUAUCUAAAAUAACAAAAUUCGUCAAAGUUGAAAAAAACGAGGAAAUAAUCUGCAAUACGAUCCGGAUUAUAGGCGAAUUAUGUAAAAAUAAUAUUAGUCGAACUGAGUCUGUUAUAAGAGAUAUCGGUGUGCCUUGGUUUUUGGAAAUGAUAAACAGUAAACUUGCAGAGAGAGUCAAUGCAUCUCAAUACUGCUUACAGAUCAUAUUAAAUACUUAUAGUGGAAUGGACAAUAAGCCUGAUUCAAAACCUGACAAGACUUUAUGCGAGACGUAUAAAAAAGAAAUAGAUACAAUUCUAUCAUGUCUGUUGUACAGCAUAACAAAUAGAACAAUAUCAGGUCUUGCGAGAGAUGCAAUAAUAGAACUCAUUAUGCGUAAUAUUCAUUACACUGCAUUAGACUGGGCCGAGCGAUUGGUCGAACUUCGCGGUUUGCAAAAAUUGAUGGAAGUAGCCAGUGAAAUGGAAGAAUACAAAUAUGAAUCCUCAAUGGACAUUACAUCUUCCACGCGGACUAUAACCAGUGUUUGCUUGGCUAGAAUAUACGAGAAUAUGUACUAUGAUGCUGCUAAAGAACGAUUUAGAAAUGCUAUUGAUGAAUUUAUUAAAGAUAAAUUACUUACACCUGAUAUAGAAUCUAAGGUUCGCAUAGUAGUUGCAAUAACAACUUUAUUAUUGGGUCCAUUAGACGUUGGAAAUGCAAUUGUAGCUAAAGAAGGAAUUUUAGAAAUGAUUCUCGUUAUGGCAGGGACAGAUGAUUUAUUGCAGCAAAAAGUCGCUUGCGAAUGUAUUGUUGCCGUAGCGUCCAAAAAAGACAAGGCCACCGCGAUCAUAAAUCAAGGUGUAAACAUAUUGAAAAAGUUAUACCAAUCUAAGGAUGACUCAAUCCGCGUUCGGGCAUUAGUGGGAUUAUGCAAGUUAGGAAGCUCAGGAGGCACAGAUGCAACUAUCAGGCCGUUUGCGGAUGGAGCAACAAAAAAAUUAGCCGAAGCCUGUAGACGAUUCUUGAUUAACCCGAAGAAAGAAAAGGAUAUGAGAAAGUGGGCUAUAGAGGGUCUAUCUUAUCUCACUUUUGACGCCGAAGUUAAAGAGAAAUUAAUAGAAGAUCAACAGGCCAUUCAAGCUAUGAUCGAGCUCGCCAAAACUGGCGAUCAGUCUGUUCUCUAUGGCGUGGUCACAACACUGGUGAAUUUGUGCAAUGCUUACGACAAGCAAGAGAUCAUACCCGAAAUGAUUGAAUUGGCGAAAUUCGCAAAACAACAUAUUCCUGAAGAACACGAACUAGAUGAUGUCGAAUUUGUGAAUAAGAGAUUGUGCGUGUUAACUAAGGCUGGUGUAACUAGUGCUUUAGUCAGCCUUGCUAAGACAGACAGUCACAAUAGUAGAGAAUUGAUAGCGCGCGUCUUUAAUGCGAUAUGCAGUCAACAGGAAGUGAGAGGAAUAAUCGUUCAACAGGGUGCUGUAAAAGCGCUAUUACCGCUAGCGCUGGAUGGCACGACCAAGGGAAAGAAACAAGCUUCGCAAGCUCUAGCUCGUUUGGGAAUCACAAUAAAUCCCGAAGUAGCAUUUCCCGGUCAGAGAAUGAUGGAGGUUGUUCGACCAUUCAUAAAUCUCCUAAAUCAAGAAUGUUCUGCUCUCGAAAAUUUCGAAAGUUUAAUGGCUCUGUGCAAUCUAGCUGGCAUUAACGACAGCGUGCGAAAACGGAUAUUGGAAGAAGGAGGAUUUCACAAGAUCGAGGCCUAUAUGUAUGGGGAUCAUGAUAUGCUGAUACGUGCAGCCACGCAAGUUAUGAAUAACUUGAUAAUGUGUGAGCAAACAAUUCAAUAUUACGAACAAGAAAAUGACCGAAUCAAGUAUCUAGUAAUACUCUGUGAAGAUGAAGAUCAAGAUACUAGUAUCGCAGCUGCUGGAGCUCUGGCGAUGCUAACAUCAGUUAGCAAAAAGGCUUGCGAAAAGAUCUUUGAUUCGAAAAAUUGGUUGGAGUCUCUACGUUUUUUACUCGCCAAUCCAAACUGCGAUGUACAACAUAGGGGUGUUGUAAUCGUACUAAACAUGAUAAGAAGCACAAAAGAUGUCGCUGCAAAACUUAUCGAAACAGAUAUAAUGGAAAUACUGAUGGCAUUGAGUAAAAAUGAUAUGGUGGAAAACAAACAAAUUAGAGAAUUAGCAUCCACUGCUUUGGAUGCUGCUGCCGAGUGGAAUUUGAUCAAGAAAAACGUCGAUGAAAACGAAUCAACAGAAAGCACUAGUAAUAUUGAACAUGUUGAUUAAGUAAAUGAUAUAUGAACAUGUUGAUAUUAAUUCAUAUUUAUAUGUCGCAUAUAAUUUAUUAAGUCAAGUGACAUUUAUGUUUAUUAUUAAAAA